AUGGCAGUAGAAGGCGCCAGCAAUACUUGUCAGCAAACUUAUUAUAAUCAUUCUACAACUUUUUCAAACGAGUCAACGAAUUUCGACCCAGUUGGACCGAACCAAUUAUACGAUGACAUCUUCCAAAGCGUUGACACGAAACCAUUCGAUCUGAACCACACACUGUCAUUUGAGACUCCUAAGCCUAAAAUGGCUACGGAGUAUGCGCAGUUCGGACGGAUGCAUCAGAAAAGUUACAAUUUCUGCCACAUGUCUCCCGAAGAUUUUUUGGAACCCACUCCACAGGACGAAGCUGAGACUCCUAGCAGCAGUACAGUGACCCAACCACCGAAACGGAAACGGGGACGUCCGCCCAAAUUUAGACCCCCCGAACAAUUGAAAGAAAAGCGAUGUCAUCCAAUCUUAUGGAAAUUUCUUCUUGAGAAUCUGAAUGACCCCCAGAUGUCGAAGUGCGUGACUUGGGUAAAUAAGGAAGUGGGUGUAUUCAAAUUUGAGUCCGCAAACAAAGAAGAAAUUGCGCAGAAAUGGGGUCAAAGAAAGGGAAAUCGGAAGUUGAUGACCUACCAAAAGAUGGCGCGCGCAUUAAGGGAUUAUGGGAAGAAAGGAAUCAUUCGAAAACAUCGUAGACGCUUGCAUUAUAUAUUUCUUCCUCGCUACCUGGUCCGAGAAGCCAAUGAAAAUACGCCAGUUCCCUGA